UGAAAUCUCACGCGUCUUUGCUCCAGUAAACUCACUGCGAGACAAGCAGCACGCUUAUAAACACACUCGACAUAUGCGACAUAAACAGCGCAUGUUGCAGCAAAUCUGAGGGAGAAGUCGUGUAAGCGAUUAAGUGUUUCUGGAGUUAUGCUAUUUUUCCGAAUCAUCGCAACAGAUUCGAAAUGAACCCUCAUUGCGCGCGCUGUGGGAAAAUAGUCUACGCAACGGAGAAAGUGAACUGCCUGGACAAGUAUUGGCACAAAGGAUGCUUCCAUUGUGAGGUGUGUAAAAUGACUCUUAACAUGAACAACUACAAGGGAUAUGAGAAGAAGCCCUACUGUAACGCGCACUACCCAAAACAGACCUUCACAAUUGUGACAGACACCCCUGAGAACCUACGACUGAGACAGCAAAGUGAACUCCAAAGUCAGGUCAAGUACAGAAAGGAUUUUGAACAAAGCAAGGGUCAGGGCUUCAAAUUUGUCCUGGAAACUCCAGACUCACAGAGACUGAGGAAGACCCAGGAUCAGAUUAGUAAUGCAAAGUACCAUAAAGAUUUUGAGAUGUCAGGUUUGCAUGGGGUCAGUCAGGAAAUGAGAGGAACAUACCUGGUACAGGCUCAGAUAAAACCCAACCAUGAGACGGUGAAGAACAGCACACACAAGGGUGUCCAUCAGUACACCAUGGAGAUGGAUCGAAGACCUGGCAUCAUUGUGGAGGAAAGUCAAACAGGUUUGGAACAACAUGAGGCACCUUUACUUCCUGGUGCAUACCAUCACAGUGGCUACACCCAUGGGCAUAGCUACAUGCAUCAGACCGGCAUGCAUUCACUGAGAUCAAUGCAGCUGAGGUCACAGCUCACAAAUGUGACUGUUUACAGGGCCCUGUAUGACUAUAUAGCACAGGAUUAUGAUGAGGUAUCAUUCCGGGAUGGAGAUGUCAUUCAGAACGUGCAGCCUAUUGACGGAGGCUGGAUGUAUGGAACAGUGCAGAGGACAGGGAGGUCGGGAAUGUUACCUGCCAACUACGUAGAGGGCAUUCGCUAAGCGUCUCUGAGAUCUCAUAUCCAAUGAUCCUCAACCUAAACUCUACAGCUUAAUUGUUUAUAGGCAUUAAACAUUGUAAACAAACACAGGUAGAUCUCUAUUUUAAUAGUGCAAAUUGUUCCACUUUAUUUGUGUUUAUAACAAGUCUUCCUCAUUUUAUUACACUAUAGUUCCAUUAAUUAAAUGUACGUAAUGCAAUGAAUAGUUUUGUACCAAUAUUGUCUUUACUUUGAAAUAAACGUUAAAUGUUAGAACAACAGAAAUUUGUGAGAAGACAAGAUGCAUAAAGGAUUGCAAAGAGGAUUUUGUCACUUUAUCAAAUCUAAAAAGGAACCAUUUUUAAUAGCAUGUCGUUGUUGCCUUGUAUACUUGUGUAAACUGUUAUGCACAAUGUGUAUUAAAUGGACUACUACAACAAAAACUGAAUUGUCAGUCUACAGGAAAACAGAACAGCCCCCAUUCAAGCUACAGUAUGUGAUCUGAGCGACAAUUAAUGUUUAAUUAAAAAAAAAAACAUUUUAAUAAAGUAAUAAUAUUUUUUUUUUCAUAUUUUAUUUUAUCAGCUGAUGAUGGUGAUAACAUUUGAAUAUAAUUGUUAGGGGACUGAUAUUUCAUCAGCACUAAUUACAUCCCUGCCCUGAUUUAACUCCAUCAGUCAUGUAGCGUUUCUGUUGAAACCUCGAUUCUUCAAUCCUAGGGUAUCCUUAGUUUUUUUGCCUGCAGUUACGUCUUGCAUACAAUCGAGCGUUACAGGCUUUUAAAUUAUUCUCCAUUGAUGAGCAAUGUAUGUGCACUACGAAUGUUUUGUCAUACUCUUUAGCGCAGUCAAAUCCAGGAACAUGCUCGCGCU